AUGAGCAAAAAACUGAAUCGCAGGCAGUUGCGCGAGCAAGAAGAGCUUGCGCAACUGAAUGCGCUCAAAACAGAAACACUGGGCGAAGCUGUAAUCAUUCCGCAUGAUGCAAAAAAAGAAGUUGCGCCUGUUUCCGGCUUUGCAGCGUUAGCUGCAGGCAGCGACAAAGACGAAGAAGGGCACUCAGACAAGCAAGAGUCUGAAUCUGACACGCCGCAAGAAGUCACACAGGCUUCCCGGAAAAAGAAAAAGAAGAACAAGAAGAAAAAGGCACAGACCGAUUCUGAAUCGCCUUCCGUGCCUGCACCACCAAAAAGCAAACCGAAACCCAAAUCCAAAGGCACCACAACCGAUGUGAAUGCCAUGUCGAUCGACGAGAUCACAGCGCUGCUUGAUACUGGUGCGCACCCUACGGAAAAUGACAAAAGCAGCGCGCCGAAUCAGCCCACGGUUACUUCGCCGCAUGUACUACUGCGCGGCGCUUUCGCACUGGACAUACAGCAUCUCGACCCGGCACUGGAACUCAAGCGUCAGUUUGGCGCUGCGGCGAUCAAGGCGUACGAGCGCGAAAAAAACAGCAGCGGUGUCCCUACGCGCGCAGGCGCUCGCAGCCGCGAGAAUAGAGGUGCGGCUUUCAAUUCCAAUACCCGCGCACGUACCGUGCUGUGUACGCCAAAAGCGACAUGGCCGGAUAUUGGACGCACCUUUGUCGGAAUGACAAUGACUACCAAAGAGACGGGACGUGGCCGGGUUUGUGAUUGGGAGCACAGUCGCGCAUAUCGACAGACGCAGCUCCAAUUCGCUCAGGCAGUUGCAUCGCAUGAUUCCAAUGCACUCAUUGCCAUGAUCCGCGUUUUUCCCUGGCACAUUAGCACGCUCCUCCAGCUUGCCGACAUUUCACGGUACCAAGGCGAUCUGGGGCAGGCGUCCGACUUUGUCGAUCGUGUAUUGUUCGCCAUGGAGCGCACGGCACUACCAGCAUUUGCGUCUGGCCUGGCAUCCUCUGCCGGCCCGCCACAAGUGGACUUUAUGCGCGUGGAAAACCGCGCAUUGUGGCUUGCAGGGCACAAAAAUGUAGACCUCUUUGGGCGCCGAGGCACUUGGCGAACCGCGCUCGAGUGGUGCAAGUUUUUGUACGGGCUCGAUACCACGGACCCUCACGGGAUGCUGCUUUGGAUCGAUUUUCUUGCGAUCAAAAGCAAGCAAGGCGCUUGGCUCUUGCGCUUUUUUGAUGCGCUUGAGGCAGAGCGCUGCCGCGCAAUCUCUGCUGCCGGACACAUUGACAACGCGCGUGCGACCACGGCUUUGGACUGCGACAAGUCACAAGCACAGGAGACGUGGCAGGGCGCUCUAGACUGGUGCGUUGGUGCUUGCUAUGGCCGUGCGCUUGCGCUUCGCGCGGUAGAAAAAGAGGAAGGAGACAAGACACACACGCGCAGUAAUGCUGCUCUCCGCCUUGCUAUUGCGCGACACCCUGUUGCUGCGGCGUUGCUUUGCGAGCAACUAUCGAUGAGCUGCCCAGACCAUGCUGCGUUCCAGCUUCGAGAGGCAUGGUCUGCAAAAGAGGAUUCGUUUGGAGAAUUGCUCGCACAUGUUUAUGUACACCGCUCCGUUUCCAUAUGGAAAGAAGAGGGAAACAAGACUUGGAUUGCCGAUAUGCUGCGGGAGACGGCAUCGGCCAUGGAAAACAAACCAACGACGUUUGGCACCGCCGACGAGAUUACGCGGAUGGGCGUGUAUCGCCAUGUGAUUGUUUCCGAUCUUCCGGAAGCGCUGAACCAGAAACUUUUGCGGUACAUACCGCCGUUUGUGUUGACUUCGCCGGGAGCGAUGGAUACGUACGAUCCUUUGCCUCCCGUGGAUGGGACGCGAUUUGACGAUCAGUACUACGCCGCACUAGGUAAAACUGCCACGUCAUUGCAGCGCGUGGAUGCUGCACCGGACCAAGAGCAGCCCUUCAAUGUCCUACGCCACUUUCAAAACCUGGACCCUACCGAGCUCCAGCAGUUGAUCGAGCAUGUGGACGAUGAAACGAGAGAACUAUUGUUGCAGACAGUAGGAAUGAACCAGCCGCUUCCUGUGGCAAACGAUGGCGCCGAGGACGGUGCCGUGGACACGGACGAAACGCUGGAAACCUCGGACAGCGAGCAGGAGGCAAGCCAAGACAAUGUCAAUCCAGGCCUGGUGCACCGCGCUUGGAACGCACUUUGGGGUAGCUAG